AAAACAUAUACCUCUUACCAUAACCAAAAAAAAAAAACUGCCUUUAUAGAACACUUAAAAGUUCUGAAUUCAUUGAGUUUAUUUCAUAGAACUUAAUUCGAAUGGAUUUUUUCGAGGAUAACAAUCCGUUCGGGGACCAAAGCCCAAGUCGUUUGUCGGAAUCUAAUAAACAUCCAGAAGGGCAAUUAGCAUUUGCAACAGAAAGGAAUCAAAAAGAAAAUGAUGGAAAUAGGGAUUGGAAUCUAAACGUGAGUUUAGAAGAGAAGGAAAGGAAAAUCUCGUUCUUGAAAGAUUUCAAAAUUGAAGAGGAUGAUCUUCCCAAUGCUAUUUUCAUAACAGGCGCCGUAAAAGCAGAACGAGGGGCUCAUGUUGUCUACAAUAUUAAAGUAAAUAAUUCUGAAGUACAGAGACGAUACUCUGAAUUUGCUUCUUUACGGGUGCAAUUCGAAAGAUUAUAUCCUACAUGUCUAGUUCCUGUUUUGCCGGACAAGCAUAAAGUAAUGGAUUAUGUGUUUAAUAUUACAAAAUCUCAGCGGACAAUUCGUUUACUCGAAGAGCGAAAACGAUUGCUCCAAUCCUUUUUAAGAAGAGUUGCAGUACAUCCAAAACUUGGAAAAUCAGAGAUAUUUUACAAGUUUUUGAGCCGACGUGUGUCGUGGAAUGAUGUGUUGCAAUCAGCUCCCAUAAGCUUGCUUCCCAAGGAUUUAUUAAAAGUGAACCCAGAAAAUCCAGCUUCAAAUGAGAAUGUUGAUGCCUAUUUGAAGCUUCCAGUACCUUCUAAAACAUCUCUUCCUGUAGAAUUUUAUGACGAAGAAAGUCAAAACUAUUUGUUACUCGAAGACUCUUUGAAACGGUAUUCCAUAAACCUUCAGGAGCACCUUUCUCGGUUCAACCGCGGUGUUUUUUCAAUUUCUCAAAUGUCUCUAGCCUAUUCUAAUCUAGGGGCGACCUUUAAUGCCCUUUCGUUAUCAGAAUCUGGUGGACUAAUGACCGUUUUGGAAAGUGUUGGACAAGCCAAUGAUCAUACUUGCUUGUCAGGAAUUGAUUUCAUACACGGAAUGGUAGUGGAUGUCAUAGAACCACUUUCUGAGAUUUCCAAAUCCGCGAAGAGUAUGCGACAUAUUAUUAUAUUUCGUCGAAUGAAAUUUAUUCAGAACGUGCUCGUGAAUGAUUUAUUACGACGGAAAAAAGGACUACUUAAACUAUUAGAACGACGAGAACAACAAGCAAGUCGGUUACAACAAGCGAUUCAUGAAAAUAGCGAAGUUUUAGAUGCUGAGACUCGCGAUUUCUUGGAACCUUCGAAUGCUGACCCGCAUUUAGCAUAUAGUUCGGGACAGCAACAAGAUUUCAUAAACAAUCGAGAUCAGCCAUUACUGUCAGAAAACAACGGAAGCUUUGCUCAAACGUUAGAAAACGAACAUGAAGUUGACGAGCAAGUAGAUUCCGAACGCAUCCAAGAAUAUGCACGAGAGUUAGCAAACACGCAUCAUCAACAAGAUGAUGCAACCUCGCUAGAAACUUCUGUCUCUUCAGCUUUACUCCCUCGUACAGUUCGUGAUGUGUUUGAUCAGAUUCGGUAUGCCUUUAAUGGGCUAACCGACAAUAAUGUGGAAACGAAGCGCCACAAUUCCAUGGGGAGGACAUUGGAAAGUGUCCAUCAUUUAGAGAAGAUGGCAGAGCUUACCAGUAAAGGUCUCGAUUUCGUAACUACUUCUGUUGGAUCAGAGUACGAGCGCUAUAAAAUCAUUCACCAAGAGGAUAUGUCAAGGGUUUGCAACAAGAUUGCGGAUCGUCAUAUUGAAUGGGCGGAAAGAAAUAUACGUGCAUGGAAAAAUAUACGGCAGGAUCUGUUUUCCAAUCUCCUCUAAAUCUACAAAGUUGAGUAUUCCUCCCUGAUAUCUGAAAGCUUCGGUGAGUGAUUUUCUAAUAAAGUUUAUCACAUUUCUUAACCUGUACAUGUUAUGUUAUGAAUUUUUACACUUUUAGUUGACUGGUUAUAAUGUUUAUGUUUAGUGCAUGCUUGUUCACUCAUUUGGCUAUUUUUUCGAUCCAAUCUUCAUGAUUCUUAUUAAGUUUUCUCUAAUUUUUAAUGAAUAUUAUAUAAUUUCUAAUUGCAGAAUGUACAUAAUAGCGC